AUUAGGGAUAAUUGGGGUUUUAACAAACCCCUAAUGAUUUCUUAAAAUAUACGCAAGAAACCAGGAAAAAUGAUUUCCCUAUUCAAAGAAAUUUCAGUAGACCAUAAAAAUGAGCAAAUCUGCAGCAGAUGUUCAGGGCAAAGGGCUUAGCGCUCAUCUUAGAACAGGUAAUCUCUGCCUCUAGUGUCAUAUGAGUGUGGAUUAAUUAUGACGCUAAUGAGUAAAAUGUGCUAAAUUCAGGCAAACUGCCCAAAACACCGAAGAGGAUUCUUAAGUAGACAGGCUUCAGUGAAAUGAAGUGUGGUGGGGAGGUUUUUGUACCUAGGCAAAGUUCUAGGCAAAAAUUACCUAAGUUGACAUUAUACUCAGCCCCUAAAAGAUGCAGACUUCUUACCUAACUAGGAUCUCUUUUUCCUUCAUUUCGCUUAUAAGCAGCUGCAAUUUUGUGUUUAAUGUCAGUUAUAAACUGUCUAACGUCUAACGUUUACCUCAGCAAAGCUAAAAGAAAAUUUGAAAAUUUUACGAAGAAGUUAAACAAAAUCUAUCACCAUGGUGGUAUCACAACAAUAUGCCCAUGGCAUACCAAAACGUUUGAGUAUAGAAGAAUUGAAAAAGAAAUACGAAACCCAAAUGCCACAGGAAGCCUCUAAACCCCAAUCUCCAAAGGUGACUAAGAAAAUCAAGGUCAAACAAUUGGCUUCUUUAUAUAAUGGCAAAAUUUCCCAAUUAAUGGAGAAAGAGCAUGGCAAUAAGAAAGCCAACAAUACGAAGGAUUCCCAAAAGUCAUCCUUGCCCAAACCUGUGCCUUUGCCAAGAACUCGUUUCGAUCAGAACCAAACUCCAGUGCCAAGUCCUCGCUCCAAGACUUUGGCCAAGCUGCAAAAGAGUUCCACGUUUUUUGUGGCCGAGGAUAUCCUGGCCAAACUCUCUGUCAAAGACAAGGCUCUACUCUAUACCCAGUUUGUCAAUGAUAUGUCACGUAAAAAUCCUAAAUUUGUCAACCAUGCCGAAAGGAUUGAAGCCAAUCUUAAGAAGGAAGUAAAACGAGGCGAAGUUGUCAAUGAGAAACAGGAAUCGGUGAAACAUCUCUUGAAGGAAAUUGAAGCUAGAUGUGUAUUCCCCAGACAAACCAUAUCGCCGGAAGCCAUGCCCAGAGUAACUACAAUACAAAGGCCAAGCAGAAGGGAUUCCUUUAAGGAGACUGUGACAAAGUCUAAGGAAUUUGAGGACUUGAUGAAAAGAGAAGAGUCUCACAUUUCCAGCUUAACCAUAACACUACAAAGCAACAACGAUAAAGACUUGCAAACGAGGCAUAGAAGAGCCAAGUCCUUGCCUAGGCAUAAAACCCAGGAAGAUGAUCUGAAUCUCUGCGAAACUGUGCACAAGCGUAACAAUGAUAAAAUGCGCACCACUCUGUCCAUUGAUGUCUAUGCUCCACCCAAAAAGAUACGACGUACCCGAGCAGAACAUUUGGCUCCUGCUCAGCUCUUCCAAAAUCAGCAUUUGGAGCAGUUGUUUUAUACAUGGCUGAAAGAACGCCAGCUAGAAGUUGAAACAACAAAAGAAGUUUUGGGUCAAUCCAAAAUCGAUCAACUUUUGGAGCAGGCCAUAGCCAAAUUGGAGACGGUGGAAACCAAACAGAAGAAGCAAGUAGAGGUGGAAGUAGAAGAUAAAGUAGUCCCAACAACUCAGCAACCUUGCUCUAAGCCCAUGAUUAGCUCCGAAUCUUCUACCACCUCUUCGGCUAAGCAUUCGGCAGCCGAAGAAAGCGAAUCUGGUGUUUCAAAUAUGGAAAAGCACAUCUCAGAUGUUUCGCCUCAAGAAUGUACCGAAUCCACCAUAGAUGAUUCGGGCUUUGUUAAACCCCUUAAGGCCUCGAGGAAAAAGAAAAUGCGACGCUCUUUAACAUGGCGCAAGGAUAGUACCAUGAUUGAAUCCAACAUUCUUAUCAGCUCCACCGAUUCUGAAGCCGAUCAUCAAUUAGCCCAGAGAAAGCCUCCCAGCAAACUUGCCAACACAGACUCCCCUUCCUUCAAUGAAGACAGUCAAUUCGUAGAGCCAAGUUUUGAGGAAUUGGAUAAGACCCUAAUGAAGUCGGUCAACUCACCCAGGAAGAUAAAAUCUGCCUACACUUUAACGGUGUGCACACCAAACUCAGGACUUGAUUCUUCCUCUACCUCUUCCCUAAAUACCAAAAGAGAAAGGCAUAUGGAAAUGAACCAAAGCAACAUGGCCAACUACUCAACUUCCAAGGACUCCCACAUGAAGAAGAUGACUGAAUUGCCUCGUUCCCUGGUAGAUAGUUUUGAUCAGGGGUUUGAGACUGGAUCCAAUGAUGUAGAUAGCCCCGUUAGAUCCAAUAGAAAAGCAAGGCCCAGUCGCUCUAAAAAUUCCCCUACUCCCAUGGAAAACCAACUGGCUCCAGAAUCUCACAAGGCCUCUCGAGAUAAAAACCAGAAAUCUUUGGCUAAUCCUUCAUGCUUUUCCACACCCAUCAAGCAUCAGGCACAGCAUAAUCUUAGUUCCGCCUUUAAUGAGACUACCACUGAAGUUCAAACCCAAAUCUUCAGUCCCAUAUCGGUGCCUGUGAAAAAUCGUCGCCGUUCCAUAUAUGACAAUGAGUCGCGACGUAGUUCCUUGGCCAUGCAAGUCAUAAGGGAAGAUCAUCCUUUGGAGCACCAUGAGAUACAAUCACCCAGCUCUGUCCAAAACUCGGGGGCCUUCUUUGCCAAUGCUCCCACCCUGGAGUUCAGCAGUAAUUUAAGCGAUCAGACUCAACAAUGCUCCUCGUUCUGGAUAAAAUCUGGAGAUUUUUCCAUUUCCCUGGACAUACAAAAGAAUGAAAGUGAUCGCCUGAAAUUACUUUACGAAAUCUUUAGCCAAAGGAGCUGUGAUACCAAGGAUCUACACUUUGGCAUAGAUGGUCAUCGUUUUGCGGUACAUCAUAAUGCCUAUGAGGAACAGGACAAUGCCCAUCGUUUGCCCCAGCUCGAAGGUUACUCUCAAUAUUGGUUUUCCAGCGGUGAUUUGGCCAUACCUUUCAGUGGAAAAUUAAUGGCCAGCCAGAAGGUUGAAAGACUGUUCCAAUUCAUCAAAGCUUCAGUGGAGGAGACGGGAGUUUUGCAAUUUGGAGUAGAUAAUGUGGAAUUCUCCAAUGUCUCCCAAUAUUGGAGUCAGUCUCCAAAAUUUUCCCUGGAAAGCAAUUACAGCAUGCUGGUGGGUUUGCAGUCUGGUCAAAGCAAUGGCCUGGAAGGACGCAGCAAAUAUGCCUGGCCCCAUUCAAAACCUGUGCAGGUUAGCGAUUUGGACCAAUCCGAUUUUGAGAGUGAAUAUUUUGAGGAUAAUGUAUCCGGACGCUCUUCACUAUCACCAUUUGGUAAUGAGCAGGCCCAAAGCUCGGAUACUUUUGGUAACGACUACCAAAAUGAGUCAUUGGAUCAAUUAUUCCAAAAAACCAAAAAUGAAAAGGCCUCACAGUCCAAUGACUCCACCAAAGUUCCCCAAGUGAUGAAUAUUCUGCAAAAGCAACAUCAGCGUUUGAGCUCAGUCAAGGAGCGUUUAUCUAGCUAUCACAAAUCAAAAGCUCCCGCCGCUGAACCUUUGGAUGCUUUGAAGGGAAGCCCUGAAUAUAUUGCCAAACUAAAAGAUGUUGUCUCUCACAUCAGUCGCAUAGGUUCAGAUGAUGGUUUUAAGAAUUGCUCCUUGGAAGACUUGGAACGUUAUAUGUUCUUUUUGAGCCGUUAUGCUGAUAUCUGUUUGAAUAGUUGCAGUGGCCAUAUGGAUAAGAUAUUGGAUGCCUUACUGGAUCAGAGAGCGGUGUUCGUUUAGAUCCCAAUUAAGGCCUUAAGGUAUAUGACAUGGGCAAAAAAAAUUUCCCAACUAUAAUUUUAAGUUUAAAUUUGAAAUAAUUAUUAAAAUUAACAAAAGAGC